UUCGCAAUGGUUGUAAUGGGAAAAGCCUCACAAUGGUAUUUUAAUAUAAACCAUUAGUAUUUCUUUAAUGGUUUCUAUUGUUUUGGAAAACACCAUAAUCCUUCAUAAAUCAGUAUACACCAUUAUAGUUUCCAUUGAAACCAUUAUAACCCAUUAUAACCACUAAAUCUAUUCGAUUUCCAAUUGUGUUUUGGGCAGGGUUCUAUUUUUUUUGGCAGGGAUGUCUGCAGUUCAGUAUACUUAUCUUAUAGUUAUCAUCUCUAUCUGACAUUCCCUAAAUAUUCAAUAUCAAUCCACAUCUUAACCGUUAACGUGUAACCUUGGUCUCAUUUGCUGAAGCUUCUCAAUGGGAGCCCGUGGAUUAUAAUAUGAGUGGAUUCAUUAACGAGUUAGUAAAUAAUGAAGAAACAGAAACGUGAGGAUGCAGCGUGGGCUCGUGUUGAUCUCACGCCUCUCCCCGCGAGAUAAAACCACACAUGUGCUCGUACGCACACAUAUAGCCCCUUCUCCACGGCGUCGCCAAAGGGGGGGCUGCGCUCUCGCACACACGUUUCACCGUUUAUGCCACAUAAUGUGAGACUCACGAGAUAAGAUGAGGUGAAACUACUUAUCUCCAUCAUGCCAAACGCCACGGACGCGCCGCUGUCCGAAUGCGCGCUGGGACGUGGAUCGCGCAUAUCGUUGACCACGAUCUACUCCUUCAUGUGCGUUUUGGGCACCAUCCUCAAUCUCUCGGUCAUCUAUCUGGUCGUCACCUUCAAGAAGCUCCGCACAGCCAGCAAUGCGUUCAUCGUGAACGGCUGCGUGGCUGAUCUAUUGGUGUGCGCUUUUUGGAUGCCCCACGAAGCGGUGUCCACCUCCACCGGAAGAUUCCUGGUGGUCGGGUACCACGCGUUCAAAGAAGCGCUGUUGUUUCUGGGAAUCACGGUGUCUUUGCUUUCGCAUUCGCUUAUUGCUGUGAAUCGCUAUGUUUUGAUCACCAAAACCCCCGCUGUAUAUCAAAGCCUGUAUCAGAAGAGAAACACCGAAUGGAUGAUCGCCGGAUCCUGGCUCAUCUCUCUAGGUUCUUUGUUUCCGUGGCUCACGUCCUUCAGGUACCCCCCUGAGAGAUGCAGGGAUGCUGAGGAUGCGGGCGCAGCAUCAGCACCAGCAUCCUUCGCGAGGGGGACGUCGGUGUCCGUCUUGUCGAGUCCGUUCGCCGCCGGCACGUUGGCGGUCACUAUCAUCGGACAGACUUGUAUCGUGGUGUAUUGCUACUUGAAAAUCUUCCGUCGGGUGCAAAUAAGCGUGAAACGAGUCAGUAUUUUGAAUUUCCAAAUCGUGAACAAUCUUCCCUAUUCGUUCCCGAGAAAAGACAAGCGUUUGGGGUUCUUCGUCCUCGCGUUGUGCUUCAUAUUCAUCCUCACAACCGAACCCAUUUUUUGGGUUCUCGUCGCGGGACUGUUCGUGCCCGUGUCUAUGGCACUUUGGACUUCGACGUGGAUUGUUUUCUGCACUAUAUUCGUGUCCAAUCCAUUUCUGUACACCUGGAAAAACGAGGAGUUCAGGAAGUCGUUUAGAUCGGUGAUGAGAGGAGAUUUCUUGAGGGGAUCAACGGUUGGGGUCGAACCCAUCACCAUCAAUACCAUUUCUCACAUUUUCCCACGACAGAACAGCCGAAGGGCAUUCUUAGGUGAAAUGAACUAAACUCUAGUUGCCAAAAUUCGCUCGUGCCUGGACGAGAUGUCCAAGAUGCUUACAAUCUGCCAGUGAAGAUAAGCUGCAUGUAUUUUACAGUGUUUUGUAAAGCAGAGAUUGUUUUGUAAAACUUUGUGAAACUGGACGUGUGGAGUGUUUUUUUUGUAAGACUGUGAAGGCUACACUGCCACCUUUUUAAAAUAAAAAUGUUCAUAAAUGUGUUCAAAUAAACGGGAUUAAAAUCU